UCGAGCGAGCGAGGCGAGGGAGGCAAACUCCAUUACUCCAUCGCCUUCUUCUUCUUCGCCAUAGACGACUCUAGAGAGACCUUGCACACACAUGUACUUGUCCUACCAUGGCCUCCAGCGUUUAAUCAUCCCGCUAAUUAAUCUCCUCCGAGGUAAUUAACUAAUCAAUCAGCAUCCGUACGUGUUAACGAUCGCCACACGUACGUGUAUGCCAUGGCCGGCCUCUGCGUCCUCCUCGAGAAGCAACACGCCGCCGCGAUGACGACGGCGACGGCGGCGGCGGCGAGAACGGCUCAAGUCAUAAGCAAGACCGCCGUCCUGAGCACCGCCGGCGGCGGCGGCAGCAAGAUCCACGGUUGCUACUCCUCUUCUUCCUCCUCUUCUCGCGCUCCAGUGGUGGUGGCGACGACGGCGUCGUUCUUGCACCGGUGCUUCCUCUGCCGCCGGGAGCUCGCCGGCGGCGACGACAUAUACAUCUACAGAGGGGACAGGGCGUUCUGCAGCGACGACUGCCGGUUCAGGCACAUCUUGACGGAGGAGGAGGAGGAGGACGGCGACAUGAGCUGCCGUGCCAAGGACGCCGCGGUGGCGGCGCCAACUCGCCGCCGCUCUCGCAACCGGCGGGCCGUCGCCGGCUGCGGCGGCAGCGGAUUUUUUGCGUACUAAGUUGGUCGCCGGCGGCGAGCUAGAUCGCCGUGAAUAGUAUAGUUAAAGGUGGGAGAAGAGUUGAGUUCAUCUGCAAGCAUGCCUAUAUUAGCAUGCGAAAUUAAUGCUAAAAUAUGUAGUACUUAUCUUGGGAUUAGCUUUUGAUUUUACCCUGGUUUUCCUAUAUAUAUGAGUUAUAUUUUGGUAUAGUAUAGUAUAGUAAGUAUGAUUGUAUGAAAUGGUUUAAUUACAUGAUAGAGAAGGCUUAAGUUUGGAGUUUUUUGAGCGUGUGAAAUGUGCUUUGGUAAAGGUAGAGAGUGCUCAUAUGUCCUUUUUGAGGGAUUUUAUUCAAUUUUUUUGUAUUUUCUAUCUCUGUAUUUACUAUUUGGGGUUACCAUUAUAUGUAUAUAUAUGUACUAGUAUAUAUAUUAGCUUUUUGCUA